AUGAUACUUUUAAAAUCAGAUCCUCAGCAAGAUUUUCAAGAUAUUGCUGCUAUUGUCUACUUUCCUUUCACUGUUGGUAUUUUUAACUUCCGUAGAAAUAUUAAGUAUACCAUCAUCGAGAGUUCAGAAGAUGUUUAAUUCUAUCAAAUUGAUAAAGAUGAUAGAUAAAACCUAUAAGUAUCUGUAAUUCAUAACCUAGAUUCCAAAGGAAGAAUUAUUGGAUGGAACUCAGGAAAUGGGUCAAAACAGAGUACUCUUUAAAUUCCUACACAAAUUUAAAUCAAUCCUAAAUCAUGUUUGAAUUCUGAAGAAUUAAUAGUUGUGACCUGGGACACAUCAAGUGUAUUGGUUAGCUAAGAAGAAGAUUUUAUCAUAGUAAUAGGAGAGUCAAAUUUAUUUUAGGUAUGGUCGAUAGAAUAAAAUAUGUUAGUGUAUCAAGCAGAUUUCUAAAAAAUUUAUUGCGAUCAAAGAGAUGCAAACUCAACUUCUGUAGAUUCUUUAAUUAAUUUUACUUUUGGAUCUAUCAAUCAAAAAAACCAAAUAUCAGCUGUUUCUGAAAAUUACAUAUUUGUAUUCUCAUUAGAAGAGAAAAGUCCUCAAUUAUUUAAAAAUUAAGUUCUUAAGCUAAGAACAUUUAAAUGGAUGUAAGCUUUUGUAGUUGAUAAUUUAGUAGUGGUGGGUUAAGAAUACUCUGUUUCUACUUUAGAUCUCAAUACAUCUAAAUUUAAUUAUUUCAUGGACUCUUUUGAUUAGGCUUAAUCAUCUUAUGAUGUAGCUGUAUAAAUUUAAAUUGACUCAGAUUUUAAUAGAAUAAUUAAACUUGAUAAAGCAGGAAUAAUAUAGUAUUGGUCAUUAUUUGACAACUUAUUAGAAAAAUAAAUAAAUUAUACUACAUAUUACUCUACCUUUUUUAUAGAUAAAUCAAUCAACAAACUAAAUUUAAAUUUAAAAAUAAGAAAAGAAGGUUCUAACACCCAAAUUUUUUUCUUUGACGAAUAUUUAAAUAGACUUUUUGUAGGUUGUUUAUUACCAGGAACUAUUGUUGUUUGGGAUUUAUCCAAAAAUUUUCAAUUAAUUUAAGUCCUUGAUCAGAUAGAAUUUAGUGAUAGAAUUACAGGUAUAGCUUUUAAUCCUUAAGCUUAACUUAUCAUGUUUCUUGGGUGGGAUUGGUGGUCAAGAUCUAUUGAUUAUUACACCUUAAAUCACAGGUGCUGGAUUGAAGGAUUAUUUGGGAAUUUUGACUAUACUAACAAACUACAAAUAUUAUGGGAUCAAAAUGGAUAUGUUAGAAUUUAUGAUUAUAAUUGUGUAUAAUUAGGUUAUAUAAUUGCUCAUUAGAACUGGAUAUAUUAAUGUCUAGUUGAUGAGUAAAAUUUAAUUCUAACCACUGUAAGGUAUCAAAUAUAGCUAUAAAAUCAGCUGUAUGAUGCUUUUCUAGACAAGGAUAAUAAUUAUGUUUUUGUAUCUGAUUUUAAUGGCUUUAUUUAUGUAUUAACAUAUCCAUAAUUAGUCCUUGUUAAAUAAAUGCAAGUAACUAAUUCUAUUAUAAAUAAGCUUUAUUUUGAUUCAUAGCACAACAUGUUAAUGUUUGGAAGUUUAGGUUCUAAUACAGUAGGCUAUUAUAAUCUUAUUUAAUUCAUUUAAUCAAAUGCUUACACUUUAUCUUAUACAUAUGUAGGUGUGAUGUCCACUCUUUAAACAUAAUAAGGAAUUAUAUUCUACCAGGAAGGCAAUAUUGUUUAGCUUUGGGAUUAUAAGUCUAAGCAAUUAAGAUAUGGAUUUUAUGCUGCAGACUUAUAUAUAGAUGCCUAAAGUGAAUUCAUCCUCAUCAAAGGUUAAACUUCAAUCGCUGCAUUACUAACUUGCGAAUAAACUGUAUUUUUUGAUAUAAAUACUUUAUCUAUAAUUAAAGUCUAAAAACAAAAAUUUUUCAGAAAAACCUAAAUUCAAGGAUAUUUGAUCUGCUCGUAUGUAAAUAAUAUAACAAUUUUAGAUGUUAAUGCAUAUAUAAUAUUUUAAUAAAUUUCGAUUGACAAAAACUCUUCUAUUGUAGAACUUAAAGCUAUUGUGCCACUUAAAACUUUUUUUGUUACUACUACUUAAGGAUAGAUCAUUGGAUACACUCUUAAUCUUUCAUCAUAACAUUAAUAAUUCAAUUAAAUAUUUAACUUAUAGCUCCUCAAUGAAGCUAUAGUAAAUAGCUUAGUGAUUGAGUAAUCUACAAGCUAUAUUUUAAUAGCUCCGACUUUGAAUGGAUAAAUUGCUUAAAUGGUAUUAUCUUAGGAGCUUGCUAUUUUAAAAUAAUAAACGCUUUUGCUCCCUGGAAUAAGCUCUCACGCGCAUAUUCUAUAAUACACCAAUGGUUAUCAGAGUUUUAUCUACUUAAUACAUGAUUUUUCAUUAAAUUUGUUAAAUCCUUAUGAUUUGGUUCUAGUAGGUUAAGUUACUAGCCCUUGCAUUGGAUAUUCUUAUAAACUUGAUAUAAAUUUAGAUCUUGAUUAUAUUAUAUAAAGUUGCUUAGGAAUUUAUCAAAUUAAUGAGCUUUCAACUUUAUAAUUAGUAUCUUAAGGAAGAUUUACAUAUACCCUUCUUUAAAAUCCUCUAAACCCCAUAUUUACUCCAGUUGACAACAGGAUAAUUUUUAUCAAUAAAGAUUAUUUCUUUGAUGUAUAUACUUAUCAAAUAUAGACCUAUAAAAUUAAUAGACUCGAUUAAACAAUAUCAUUGUAAGGUAUUUAUUCAUAAGACUAAUAGAUGCUUGGAAAAGUAGCAGAUUAUGAAAUAUUCGACACAAAAGAAAAUGUGUAUGCAAAGCUUAUUUUAUUUUCUGGAUUUUAAAUCGCUUAAAUAUAACUUCCUGUAUUUGGCUAGUCAAUCUGCCAAGAAAAUAUUACUUCAGACUAAUUUGCUUCGGUAUUACAGUAUAUUCAGAUUGAAAGAGAAACAAUUUUACCACCCUUUCCUCCUUUUUAGUUCUCAAACCACUCGCAGGUAUACAUUAUUUCAAAAAAAAAUACAACACAAUACAAAAUUAUUGCUACUGAAGACCUACUCACUUCAUUUUCAGGAUAUGAUCUAGCAUCUUUAAAUAACUUAUAAAUAUAACCAGCAAUUUCUUAAAAAGAUUAUAUCCAGUUUUUAAUUCAAGAUAUAUAAACAUUUGAAAUGAAUAAUAUUUAAUUAUAGUAUAGUGUACUACAAAUUAUAUGUCAGACAUUGAAGAUUACUAAUUUUAUCAUCAGCUAAAAUAGUGAUUUUACUAAUCAAAAUACUCUCGUUUCAAUAAAAACAUUUAGCGAUUUUGAUUUUGAUAAAUUUGUUGCUAAUUUAAACAAAGGAUUCAACAAUAUAGCUAUUAUAUAAAAUUAAAAUUAAGGUACUCUUUAAAAUACAGAAAUAACAAAUAACGAUGCAACUUAGGUUUUAAUGAUUACUCAGUCAAUCCUCUAAAUUUUAAACUUAAAACUUUUGCACAAUUAAUCAAACGGAUUUAAUCAAUUGAAUUCAAUUGUCAACAUAGACCAAAAAUCAUUAGUUAGUAUAAAAUACUCAACUUUUAAAAAUAACAUAGCUAAUUAAGGUGGUUCGAUAUUUUUGUCUUAAAGUGAGUUAUAAAUUGAAGGAUCUUCUUUUGACAGUAAUUAAGGCUUAUAGCAAGGAGGAUCAAUAUAUUCUUAAUUCUCUAAUUUAAAAAUAAAUAAUUCCUAGUUUUUAAAUUCUAAAUCAAGUAAUGGAGGAACUUUUAGUGAUGGAGGAGUUCUGUAUAUAACUCAAUCUAAUGGAAAUAACUCUUACAUUGUGAACUCAAUUUUUUAAAAUAGCUAAGCUUUAGGGAGUGGAGGAGUUAUUUUAGUGUAUGGUUCAGAUAUAAUAAUUUCUAACUCAAACUUUAUAAAUAACGCAGCUGGAAUAGGAGGAGUCAUAUGA